UUGUUGAUAUCAAGAAUAAAAAUAUUAAAAGUAAAACAGACAGUGAGCAGUCGAAAAAAAAAUAAAAAAAAUACUCAUUUGAGUCAUUUUCCCUCUCCACUCAAAUUAAACAGAAAUUAGAAACCCUACUUUCUUCUCCUUUGCCAAAAUAAAAAAAAUAAAAAAAUCUUCCCUCUUCUCUGUUUGUCUUUCUUCUAGAACCUUCUCUUCCAUUAUCAUUGACCAUCCAUUCCAUCAUCAGUUUGUUCGAUCUCCAUAUUGGAUCGAUAAUGGCAGAAGAAUCGGAGAGGAACGGCGGCGAUGGAAGUGAGACGAGUGAUUAUACAUCGGAAGACGAAGGAACGGAAGACUACAAGCGCGGUGGAUAUCACGCUGUACGAAUCGGAGAUGCAUUCAAACAUGGACGAUAUGUAGUGCAGAGCAAGCUUGGUUGGGGCCAUUUUUCAACUGUUUGGCUCGCUUGGGACAUCCAAAAAUCUAGAUAUGUAGCUCUGAAAGUUCAAAAGAGUGCUCAGCAUUAUACUGAAGCAGCAAUGGACGAGAUUGCAAUAUUAAAGCAGAUUGCUGAGGGAGAUCCAGAUGAUAAGAAGUGUGUAGUGAAGCUGUUGGAUCACUUCAAGCAUUCUGGUCCUAAUGGGCAGCAUGUUUGUAUGGUAUUUGAAUACUUGGGAGAUAAUCUUUUGACACUUAUCAAGUAUUCAGACUACCGAGGGCUCCCUAUUCACAAAGUUAAAGAAAUAUGCUGUCAUAUUUUAGUGGGUUUGGAUUAUUUGCAUCGCCAGCUUUCCAUCAUACACACAGACUUAAAGCCAGAAAAUGUAUUGCUUCUAUCAAUGAUUGAUCCAGCUAAAGAUCCUACAAAGUCAGGUACUCCUGUCGUUCUUCCUUCCAAUAAAAGUAAGAUUCUCUCUGAAUCUGGGGCUUCUAAAGAUGUGAAGAGUUUAAACGGUGACUUGACCAAAAACCAGAAAAAGAAAAUUCGAAAAAAAGCUAAGCGGGUAGCUCAAAAGUGUACCGACAAGGAAGCUUCUGAGGAGACUGAACCAGAUAAUAAAGUUAGUGGUCCUGAAGGCUCUACUCGUGAUGACAAACCUGCAGCAAACUCAGUUGAGGAACAAACUAGUGUUAAAGCCAGUGAAGAUGUCUCAACAGUGGAAGGGCGCCAAAGAAUUCAGAGGCAUAAACGAGGCAGCCGUUCCGAUAGGCGGAAGCUACUGGCUGAUGUUGACCUUAAGUGCAAAUUAGUUGACUUUGGUAAUGCAUGUUGGACGUAUAAACAGUUUACAAGUGAUAUCCAGACUAGACAGUAUAGAUGUCCGGAGGUUAUCCUGGGUGCUAAAUAUUCUACUUCAGCAGAUCUUUGGUCCCUUGCUUGUAUUUGCUUUGAGCUCACCACGGGUGAUGUUCUUUUUGAUCCUCACAGUGGUGACAAUUAUGAUAGGGAUGAGGAUCACUUGGCCCUCAUGAUGGAGCUUCUGGGUCAGAUGCCACGCAAGAUUGCCUUAGGUGGACGCCAUUCACGAGAAUUUUUUAACCGAUAUGGAGAUCUGAGGCACAUCAGGCGCUUGCAGUUCUGGACUCUCGGUAAAGUGCUUAUGGAAAAAUAUGCUUUCCGCGAACAAGAUGUGAAUGAGAUGGCAGACUUCCUUAUACCUAUUCUUGACUUUGUGCCUGAGAAAAGACCGACUGCGGCUCAAUGUCUUAAUCAUCCAUGGAUUACUGGACGCCCUCAACAUCUUGCUCCUUCUUCGAUUAAUUCUCUAUCAGAAGCAACUGAAAACCAUGGUUCGAAGAAAAACGGUGAGAAGGAUGAAAGGGAGACGAUGCAAGUUAGAGUGGGUAAUAUUGCAAUUGAUGGGGUUGCAGGGCCAGUCAAAGCUUCUCAAUCUUCAAAUCUUGCUAAGAAGACAUAGUUGACUGAUCCAGGUGAAUGUAGUGCUGUGAGCUUUCAGAAAUUGAAGGAAUGACUCCUCUGCUUUACUGUGGGUAGUGUCGUACGUCCCUCAUAAACUGGGAGCAGGCAAGUUUAAGCAGGUUCCGACGUGUUGAUUUGGUGAGUGAAACAGAGUCUUUUGGUUGUAGAACUUUUGGUGGAGAAUUUAUGAGCCACCUUUCGAUUGGAUUCUCAUUGUUUGGCUUUUCCUUAGAUGAUGUACGCACGCUCUUCAGUGAAAGAGAUCUUUUAAUGGCAAAAUUUAGUGACCUAUGGUAGGAUGCUAUGUUGCAUAACAAGAAAGUCUCUUAUGCUUGGACUAUCUAUAUGCCUUUAUUCUGUACUAAUUUUUGUUGACAUCUGCGGUAUAAACUUACUGCCCACAAAUCAUAGGAUCUUGCUAAUACAAUAUUGACCGCGUUUGUUGGAAAAUUUCAUGGCUACUAUAGAGAGGUGUUAUAUAUACAUCCAUAUUGACGUUUGACAUUUAAAUCUCAUUUGACAUUUGGAUCA